UGGGUGCCGCUGAGCAAGAUGGAGCUGUCUGCAGUGGGCGAACGGGUCUUCGCGGCCGAAUCCAUCAUCAAGCGGCGGAUCCGCAAGGGACGUAUCGAGUACCUGGUGAAAUGGAAGGGGUGGGCGAUCAAGUACAGCACUUGGGAGCCCGAAGAGAACAUCCUGGACUCGCGGCUCAUCGCCGCCUUCGAGCAGAAGGAGAGGGAGCGUGAGCUGUAUGGGCCCAAGAAGAGGGGACCCAAACCCAAAACUUUCCUCCUGAAGGCCCGGGCCCAGGCAGAGGCCCUCCGCGUCAGUGAUGUGCAUUUCUCUGUCAAGCCGAGCGCCAGCGCCUCCUCGCCCAAGCUGCACUCCAGCGCGGCCGUGCACAGGCUCAAGAAGGACAUCCGCCGCUGCCACCGCAUGUCCCGCCGCCCCCUGCCCCGUCCGGACCCCCAGGGAGGCAGCCCCGGCCUGCGCCCGCCCAUCUCGCCCUUCUCCGAGACGGUUCGCAUCAUCAAUCGCAAGGUGAAGCCGCGAGAGCCCAAGCGGAACCGCAUCAUCCUCAACCUGAAGGUGAUAGACAAGGGCCCGGGUGCCGGGGGCGCCGGGCAGGGCGCAGGGGCGCUCGCCCGCCCCAAAGUGCCCUCGAGGAAUCGCGUCAUCGGCAAGAGCAAGAAGUUCAGCGAGAGCAUGCUGCGCACGCAGAUUCGCCACAUGAAGUUCGGAGCCUUCGCGCUCUACAAGCCCCCGCCCGCCCCGCUGUCGCCCCCUCCCGCCGGCAAGGCUGACCUUGCUGCUUCCCCAGGCCCGGGGCUGCUCCUGGCCACCCCCACGGCCACCUACGACGCCCGCAGCUCCAGCUCCUCCGGCUGCCCCUCACCCACACCGCAGUCUUCCUCUGACCCCGACGACACGCCCCCCAAGCUGCUCCCCGAGACCAUAAGCCCCUCUGCCCCUGAGUGGCGCGAGCCCGAGGUGCUCGACCUGUCCAUCCCUCCUGAGUCGGCAGCCACCAGCAAGCGGGCGCCUCCAGAUGUCACUCCUGCUGCCGGGCAGGCACUUCCCUCGGCCCCAGAGCCCACCAGUGCCUCCUCGGAGCCUGAGGCUGGGGACUGGCGCCCAGAGAUGUCACCUUGCUCCAAUGUGGUCGUCACCGAUGUCACCAGCAACCUCCUGACGGUCACUAUCAAGGAAUUCUGCAACCCUGAGGAUUUUGAGAAGGUGGCUGCUGGGGUAGCAGGUGCUGCAGGGGGGCUUGGUAGCAGUGGGGUAAGCAAGUGAGGGCCGCCCCCAGGAGGGGGGCUGUGGGGGGGCCUCCUGUCCGAAGUCACACUUGUGCUCCCAUCCCACCUCUGCCCUUAGACCCGUCCGCCUGUGCUUUGCUUGUCUCACAUGGCUCGGCGCUGACCCAGGGAUGGGCCGGGCAGUUGGCCCCCGCGAAGGCCAGCAGCAGGGCAGUCCUGGACGGGGUUAGGGCCGGGUACCGAGGAAGGCUCCGUCCUGUCUCUUGUCACCGUCCCUGCCCGUGCACAGUGGGGCCUGCUGUGUGCUUUCUGGGGAGCCCCAGACCUGGGGUUCACCUGCCCUGUCCACAUCCCGCCCCGACGCCUCUCCCAGCUUGCUUCUUGCUCUCGUGUACAGCGUCUGAUCUCGGUGCUAACCCGGCAGCUGAGGGGCCCUUAGGAGACCCCAUCCAGGGUGGGCACAGCCCCUUCUGCCCAUCCGGCAAAGCCCCAGAGUGAAGGACGUGGCCAGGUGGGCUCCUCUGCCCAGCAGCAAGCUUAGCGGCCACUUUGGACCAGGCCCCUUGAGGCCCCUGGUGCCCAUCCUGCCUUUCUGAACCCAGAAUGCGCCCUACCACCACCUCCGGGCAUCUAAAGGGCCCUGCAGUUCUCGACCAAAGGUGCUGCAAGCACCUGCUUUGGGGACUCCGCUGCGUGUGUAUGUCUGCCCUGGGCAAGUGUGUAUGUGGGUCUGUAUGUGUGUUGGGUGCUGGGUGCUAACUUUUCCUGUUGGCAUCUUUACACCUCCUCGGAACAGGGUCCUAAAGGCCUGGCCCCAGGUGCACCUUGGCGGGGCCUGGCAUAGUCAGGCCUGAGCACUUUGCUGUGGGAGCCCCAGGCCUCCUCCCAGCCCGGUACACUGGGGGCAGUGAUCCCUGGGCCCUUCUCUGGGGGUGUCAGUCUGGCCGGUUGGGCCCGGCCUGCAGUCAUGGCAUGAUAAGCAUUGUGGCAGAGCUGGCCAGCCUUCCUCCACCCAGCAGUCAGGGAGAAAGGAGGCAACCUUGGAGACUUCCCAAGCACCUCCAGCUUCUCCCACCCCCUCGUAGGCCUCUGAUCCCCAAGGCUUUCACACACCAGCCUGCUUGAAGCCACGGGAGGCCGGGAUGCCCGGGCAGCUUCCAUCGCCCUGUGCUGCCUGAGUACCCAGGCUUCCAUGCCAACAGUAGUGACCAAAGCCCUACUUUUAGGUCGGGCACUGGGAGGUAGGCAGACCAAAGGGGAGAGACCACGUGUUCAGGACGGCCAGGGGGUCAGGGGGGUGCUGGCCUACUCUUGACCACUGCCUGGGAUGCAGUUGGGUGUGGGUGGCUCGUUCCUGCGUGUGGCUGGAGCUGGUUUCCGGGUGUGUGCAGCUGUAGGCACCUCGUUCAGAAGCAGGAUGGCAAGAGGCAGGCGGGAAGGGGACCAGGUCGGAUGGCCAGCACCUUGGUCCUCAGAGGAGGACACUUUCUUCUGCGUGUCCCUGCCAGGCCUGCAGCAUAGCCUCGCCCUCCCCACUGCAGGGUAUAGAACAGGGGCCCUCACAGGGUUUGAGGGGGUGGCACUGCUGGGUCCCCCCUUCCCCACCCUUUGUGCAGGCUCUGUGACCGUCCAAGUGCCAAUUGGCUUUUCCCCCAAAUAAGGGCUGGUAUUUCUCCUCUGUCCUUAGAGGCGAUUUCCCCCGACCCCCUUCCCAGGUGCCGCCUGCCUGGGUACCAGUUACAGGUGUUUCCAGAGACCAUAGAAAUGUGUUUUCCUGAGCGUCCGUGUCAUUGGUGACUUUUUUUGUAAAGAAGUUGUGUUUUCAGAGGUGAUUUUAUGACAGGAAAGUGAAAGAAUUAGUUUUGCAAAAAAAAAAAAAAAAAAAGGGAAAAAAAGCGAAAAAAGAGGAAAAAAAGAAAUAGAAAAAACUAUGGCGGGAUUCCUAAGGGAGUGGGGUGGGGGGAGAAAGAUAUUUAAAGAGAACCUAGUAGCGCGGCAUUGCACAGCCGAGGCGGUGAGGUUAGGGAGGCAGGCCGGGCUGGGGCUGCUGGCAGUGUGGACCCAGCCUGGCCUCCGGCCACCUCUCCUCUUUGGCCCCAGGUGGGUGAGACUUCUCUGCCAACCUGGGCCCAGACUUCCACACCCAUCCUUGUCCUUGCUUAAAGGGAGGGGCGACAGCCUGUCCCAGGGGAGCUGGCCUGAAGCUGGGGCGCCAGGCAGAUGGAUGCUGAGGGCUCCAAGACUCGGGAACCGAGGGGGUCUACAGGGUCCUCCCCCGGCCUGCAGUUGGUGAUUUUCUGUAGGAAGGCUGGUGAGUAGGCAGUUUGGUUUCUUGCCCUCCUCCCUUUGCCAGCUUGUUGGGCCAUCUGGUCCCUACCACUGCCACCCCAUGGGAGGGCAGCUCCCCCCAUCACCCCAAAGACCCUGACAUCCCUGAACUUCCCUGGCCAGGAGAGGGAUGCCUGCUGCAGGGAGCUGCGGGCCCCGGGAGACCGUGCUGGGUGGUGGGGAGAUGCUGCCGCCCCUCUCCCUAGCACGCGGGCUGCCUGCAGGCGCACGUGCCCUGAGGGGCGGGGUGGGCCCCAGAUCCACAGCAAGCCAAGCCCCCUCCCAUCUCCCAGGAGGCACGGCGCAGGCCCACAUGCCCUUGACCACACGCUUGCACAUGACCAGCCUCCUGCGGGCCCCUCCUCCACCCCUUGCUGCUUUCCCAUUUGCCUAAUUACCAAGCAGAAGUUGCAAUCUGGUUUGCUUUAUUUUUGUAUGUGAAAUAACCCCCAAAGCCCAAUCUCGGGUGUCCAGUAUUUCUCGGACAUCGGUUAUCUCCCCUUAAAUGCACCACCCUCCCCACCCAUGCGUUGUAGGAAACAGGUGAAGUCGGGUGUCUCUGGGUUGAGUAGGAGAGUGGGGACCCCUCCCUGUCUCAUUUCCCUUCUGACCUUGGUCUGUCUUUCCACGAAGUGGGCGUUCAGGGCGGCAAGGCCUUGGCUGAACCACUGCUUGUGUCUAAGGACUAGGGUUGCUCCAGGCUGCUGGCCCUGGGGCCUCCGGGCACCCAUAGACCCCUUUAUUCUCAACCCUGCAAAGGGGUUAAGUUCAGAAUGAGCCUCCUCCCUCUGAUCGGGGAAGAGGUGACCAUCGAUUGAGUCCCCAGUGUCUGGGUGAGGCGGGCAGAGUAAGAGGGUGACCCCAUUUGAGAGGCAGCUAAGCUGCUUCCUUGGGGUGACAUGGCAGGCCUAUAGCCCAGGCUGCCCUGGCCUUUGGAGAACAGCCCUUGAAAAGGUAGGGACCCCCAGGGUAGCACAAGGAUGCCCAAGCUCGGCAGCCUACGGCUGAGGGGUCAGCCUAGAGGAGGAAGCUCUGUCAGUCCCAGGAGGCUGGGGUGCAGUCUCUCUGGGCACCCAAGAAGAUGCCUCCUUUUCUUCCCUUUUCUGUGGUUUGGUUUUUGGGGUUUGUUUUUAUUUUUUCUUUUUGCACUUCGCCCACGCUGGACAGUGGAGCCCUGCCUGGUUAUUUCCGCUCCCGGGCUCCCAUGCACUAGCCCAAGGCAGCCUCUUUGGGGCUUGUAUGGUUUGAGGAAUCACUUUUUAAAAGAAAAAAGAAGUUUAAGGUUUUACUUUUUGCUCUGUUUGCAUCUCCUUUCAAUUCAGAAAGCCCAGGAUGAGGGGCUAGGGCCCUAAGAGAGGGCUCUCUGACCCCUUUUCCUGCUAACACCGAGAUAUGGGAGUCGGGAGCCGGUUGGGUAGGGGUCCAGGACCCCACCUCCCAGCCUGCACAUCCCCUCAAGCCUUGAAGGAAUCAGCACUCCGCUCCACCAGUGAGUGAGCGCCUACUGUAUGCAGAGCAUCAGCUAGGCUGCGGGGCGGGGGUGCUGAUGGUCUAGUGGGGGAACCCGCUCCCUAGGGGCCAGGUGGGAGGCGCCGAAUCCAGCCUGCCCUUGCUUGCUGUUGGGUGCAGGGGAGAUGGAGAUGACUUUUGUUGGUUUUAAUUUAAAAACACAAAGGCCUGAAGAAAUAAUGUAUCUUAUAAUUUUUUUAAUUUUUGAAAAGCUCAUUUAAUGAAUUGUGCACGAAUGAAUUCUAUAUAUAUAAAAAUAUACGUAUAUAGCUCUAUAUUUGGGAAGGGGCACUGUCUCUUUUUCUCUCGCGCAUUUUUAAGAUGAAGUGUUGUUGCCUUUGUCUGUGGUUCAACCAUCCAGCUCCCAGCUGGCUAAACUUCGCCUCCAGUGGUAAAAGACGGGAAUGGAGUAGGCUGGCGGGAGGGAAGUGGGGGUGGGCCGCCCAGUCCACCCUGCCCCUCCCGGAUGGAGAUGGAGGGUUUAUUUUGGGUGUGGGUUCGGUUCUCUUGUUUUGGGUUCAGUGAAUUCUGGGCCAGGGGAGGGCAGGUUCGUGCUGAUUACUCUGUCUUGUACGUUUUGUUCUGCUGCUCUUCAAUAUUGUAUGCCAGGAAAGGGGAGUGAAAAGCCUUUUACCCCCAAAUAAAUUGUCACAUUCCGAAACUACA